UCAGUGUCGCACGCUGUCAAAACGUCUAGCAGCAGCAGUGAAAAGGAGAAUAUUUUUGCUGAAAACUUUGAAUAUCUGCAUUUAAGAGAGGAACAGUCAGCUUGUGUCCCUGUUUGACUAACAUUAUCCCUGGUAUGGAUGGCAUGGUGAUGGAGGACGAUGACGACUGCCCAGAGCUGGUGCCCAUCGUCACCCCGCCUGGUCCUCUUACAGAGCAGAUACCUGUCACCAUCAUUACAGGCUACCUCGGUGCUGGAAAGACGACACUCCUGAACUACAUCUUAACAGAACAACACAACAAACGGAUUGCUGUCAUACUCAAUGAAUUUGGAGAAGGCAGCGCCCUUGAGAAGUCCCUUGCGGUGAGCCAGGCAGGAGAGCUGUAUGAAGAGUGGCUGGAGCUGAGAAAUGGCUGCCUCUGCUGCUCCGUCAAGGACAACGGUCUUAAAGCCAUCGAGAACCUGAUGGAGAAGAAAGGAAAGUUUGACUACAUCCUGUUAGAAACCACAGGACUCGCUGAUCCAGGAGCGGUGGCUUCCAUGUUCUGGGUCGACGCAGAGCUCGGCAGUGACAUCUAUUUGGAUGGCAUCGUCACAGUCAUCGACGCCAAGUAUGGACUGCAGCAACUAACAGAGGAAAAAGCAGAGGGACUCGUCAAUGAAGCAGCAAGGCAGAUUGCCCUCGCUGACCUGACCAUAAUCAACAAAACGGACCUGGUGAAUGAGGAGGAGCUCGCUCAGACUCGAGAUGCUGUCAGGUCCAUAAAUGGGCUUGUCAAGAUUCUGGAAUGUCAGAGGUCAAGGGUGGAUCUCUCUGAAGUGCUGGAUCUGCAUUCCUUUGAUAUCAAGGAUGGAGCAAAGUUGGCAGAGAAGCUCCAACUCGUGAAAGAUACAAGACCCCAUCUUGACAAGAGUAUUUUAACUGUGACGUUUGAAGUGGCUGGAGAUCUCUCUGAGGAUGCCCUGAAUAUCUUCAUCCAGGAUCUCCUUUGGGAAAAGAUGUUCAAAAACAAAGAAGGGCAACCCAUGACUGUCAUUCGGUUAAAGGGCAUAGUUUCAUUUGCAGGUAAAAAUCACCAAGUGAUGCUGCAGGGGGUCCACGAGCUGUAUGACCUGAAUGAGACGCCACAGCUCUGGGAAGAGAACCCGCGGAUCAACCGACUGGUCUUUAUAGGUAGAAACCUGGACAAGAGCAUCCUGCAGGAACAGUUCAUCUCUAGAGUGUUGGAAGGAGCAGAGAAAAAAUAGCUACAAGCUUCUCUCUCGUCUUUGCAUUGAAAACUGAUGAUUCUGGAGCAAAGGUCGUGGCUUUGGCCAUCCACAGAUCUGGGACUGUGUUUCAGAUGUUCACUACUGUCCUAUAGGAAAGACAGGGUAAGUCAGAGGAUGGUUUACGGUAGGGAUCGAUAGGCUAUAAUUGUGAUAAUUCACCACUACCUGCUUUAAAAGCUACAGUAUAUCCAUGAGUGUUUAUGUUGCUGCAGUGCCGGAUCUACAAGCUGUGAAACGUAGACUGAAAAUGACCUUUUAAAUGUGUGCACAUAAGAUGCAACAAAGCUCCAGAAAUUUAAUCAAUACAUUUGUUUUUUGGUUGCUUUCAUGAUUAUGGCUUUGUAAAACUCUGCUGUUUUUAAAAGUCGGGAGCCCCAAAGUGUUGGAAGUUGCAAAUUGUCGCACAUACCACAUCAAGUGGUACAAGACUGUAUUUCAUAAACAAGUAGACUUGCUCAUGUUCCUGGCUUUCAACAUACUGUAUUUUUAACUUAUUCAAAAUAAAAAAAAAACAUCUGAACAUCUA